AUGAACAAGACCAUACUCCUAUCUGCACUUCAACUUGAUGAAAAAUUAGUCGAAUGUAUAUAUGUGUUUGGAUCACAUGCGUACGGCACAGCAAGUGAACAGCGACAAAGUGAUUACGAUAUUGUAAUGAUACUAAAAUCAAAUGCAUUGAAUAUUCAUCCAUUUUUGAAAUGGAAGAGUGUAAACUGGUUAACAAGACACAAUUGGAUAAAUCCAGAUUUUCGUCAUUUAUUUUCUGAUACAUCGGAUAGAACAUGUUUUAUUGAUUUGGGCGAUAGAGAGGCACAAGUAUGGAUAUUCAAUGUACCUACUUUUUCUAUGCUUCUUAAAACAAACACAAUGUUUGCCAUUGAAUGUAUUUAUCUACCGGCACAACUCAAAUGGAUUGAAAAUCGAAAGUUUUCUGAUGAAUUUUGUGUCGAUGAUAAAAUGUUAACACAAUCCAUUAUUAAUCAUUCUCGAUCUCAUCUUUUUAUGGCAUGUAAAAAUAUGAUAGAAAACUUAUUUUCAACAGAAAAUAAUGAUAUAAAAACUCGAGAAGUAAUCGAUAAUAUGUCAAAAGAUCCAAUAUGGAAUCAUACACCAUUACCUACACAUCAUUCAUUGGAAUUCGAAGAUGAUCAUGAAAAACAAGAAUGUAAUGAAAAAAAUCAAUAA